AUCAACGCCGUUUAAGAAUUAGUGAUAACGGUUCAUUCUCUCAUUAGUCAUUACCGUGGCUGAUGUGCUUACUGUUUUUAGUAGGUUGUUGCCGCUUUAGGUAGCUGGUGCUUCGUUCGUUUAUUCCCUUCCUGCUGACGCGAAUGACGAUUAGAUAUUCGAAUGAUGUAGGCGUACUUGGAUAACGUCUUCCACGCGCAUUGAAUAUUAUCUCGGGAGUUUGUUUUCUUUUGUCCGUGUUUGUACACUCGCGAUGUGAACAAAAAAAUAUGGAUCCCUCGAAUAGGUAGUCGACAUGAAGUGUCAGAAUUAUUCAUCAUUAUGCUGCGCUGUUAACGUGUUGAAUGCGGAAGAUGGGCCGAAGAUAGACAAUUAGUGCUUACAGUUUUUGCAGCAUCCGUUCAUUUGAGACUACAAUCGUUUUGUGUAGCAUAACUGUUUGAUACGAUCAUGUUGAUCGCAUACUUGUUGUUGGUGUCGACUCUUUUCUACGAAGUCUUAAUUUGCAAUGCCAAAAAGGACUGUCCCAAGAGAUGUGAAUGUCUCGGCACGUAUGUCGACUGUAGCAAAACAAUGCUUAACACAUUUCCAGAAGGGUUGCCUCAAUGGAUGGAAACUUUGGAUUUGAGUGUUAAUAAGAUUGAUGGAAGUUUGGCAAUCGAUACUAAUAGUUACCUAUUUCUAACAACAUUGAAACUUACUAAGAACUCCAUUGCAACUUUUCCAAUAUUUGUAAACAGAUCAACUGUCAGUAAUUUAAAUUUAGCACAUAAUAAAAUAGAAAAAUUGGAGGCUCUAGAGCAUUUACCUAACUUAAAAAAUUUGGACAUGAACAAAAAUAAAUUGACAUUUUUGGAUGAUAAUACCUUUUCACAAUCUACACACUUGAAAAUACUGAAUCUGAACAAUAAUUUAAUCAGCAACUUAAGUGCAAAUUGCUUAGACACAUUGACACAUUUAGUAGAAUUAAAAAUAUCCCAUAAUAAGCUGAACAAUUUACCUGUUGGAUUAUUCAAAAAACUUAAAAAUCUUGAAACACUCGAUUUAGGUAGAAAUCACAUAACUGUCAUUCAUGGUUUAUUAUUUAAGGACUUGGUAAAUUUGAAAACAAUAAUACUUCGACAAAAUCUUAUUGAAGAUUUACAAGAUGGAUCAUUUUAUGGAUUGAUACAUUUACAAGCAUUACAUUUAGAAGAUAAUAAUUUGAGCAAAAUAUCCAAAGGCUGGUUAUAUGGAUUGACUUCACUUAUCUACUUAAAUAUAAGUUAUAACAGAAUAGAUCAAAUAAUAAGUGGAUGGGAAUAUUGUGAAGACCUUGCAGAAUUGGAUUUGUCUUAUAAUAAACUGCAGUACAUUGAAAAGAGUAAUUUAGAAAAUUUAAGGAAAUUGCAUAAACUACAUUUAAAUAACAAUAGAUUAUCAUUCAUUGAAGAAGGUUCAUUUAAUAAUACACCAAUGAUCCGAACACUUCAAAUGGAUCACAACUACUUGUCGUGGCUAAUUGAAGAUGCAAAAGAAACUUUUAUUGGUCUAAGAAAUUUGAAAAAAUUAAGUUUAGCUAAUAACAAAAUAUUAUUCAUUAAAAAAAGAAGCCUUUACUGGCUUAGACAAUCUAGAGGAAUUAAAUUUACUUCAAAAUAAUGUCCUAGAAAUCCAGGAUGAAGCAUUCAAAU